AUGCAGGCUUCGGAGCGAGAGUUCCUGCUCGUUGCCGCGCUGUUCAUCAGCUACAUCAUCUACUGCGUCGCAGAAUUCAAGCAGUGCGGGAAAUCGUGCCGUGAAUGGUGGAACAAUCACCGCAUGCAGCGCAUAACUCCCAUCACCGCCUUCCUCUUGGGCUUCCUCUCCGUCGUCCUCAAAUUCCUCGGCGUCUCCGACACCGUCUUUGAGGUUACCCGAAAGGACCAUUCACCGCAAACAGGCCUGGUUGAACCGGGGCGGUUCACCUUCGACCGGUCACCGAUAUUUAUCUCCGGCACGGCGGUGGUGCUCGUGCACAUCAUGGCGGCGGGGAUGGUGUUGCUCCGGCGGGCGGGUUGGGGGAUUGGAGGGGAGGCGAAGUGGUCGGGAUUGGGGGAGAUGGUGUGCUGCGGGUGGAUUUUGAUGGCCUUCUGGCCGUUUGUGAGGGGGUUGUUUGGGACGGGGAGGUAUGGGAUUCCAUGGUCGGUGGUGAUCAAAGCAGGAGCUUUUUCGCUUCUUUUCUUCCGGCUUUCUAUGAGGUAUUAGCUCUUUCUGAACCUCAUUGGGCUCUUCUUUGUGCUUCCUCAACGAACAGAUUGUAAGCUAUUAUAAAAUUUGAUCUUCUAUUGAUGCGCUUCGGACAAUGUUUGUACUGCAGUUAUUAAUUGUAUUUAGUUUAUUAGUUAUUAAUAUUAAUCAAUUU